AUGGGAGCAAGAGCGAGAGCCAUCGCAAGAGCAAAACGGCGAGGUGCCAUGCAGACAACAACGAGGGGAAAGUAUGCUCCUGUAACGAGUGAAGGAGUUGGACAUCCACCUGACAGCAUGAGAUGGGGCAGGAGCAGAGGGAAUGGGGGCGAUGAGUCAUUCAACGCUGCUCCAUGUUUCUCGGUGCUCCUUGCUGAGUACAGUGAAGGAGUUGGACAUCCACCUGAUGGCAUGAGAUGGGGCAGGAGCAGAGGGAAUGGGGGCGAUGAGUCAUUCAACGCUGCUCCAUGUUUCUUGGUGCUCCUUGCUGAGUACAGUGAAGGAGUUGGACAUCCACCUGAUGGCAUGAGAUGGGGCAGGAGCAGAGGGAAUGGGGGCGAUGAGUCAUUCAACGCUGCUCCAAGUUUCUUGGUGCUCCUUGCUGAGUACAGUGAAGGAGUUGGACAUCCACCUGAUGGCAUGAGAUGGGGCAGGAGCAGAGGGAAUGGGGGCGAUGAGUCAUUCAACGCUGCUCCAUGUUUCUUGGUGCUCCUUGCUGAGUACAGUGCAGGAGUUGGACAUCCACCUGAUGGCAUGAGAUGGGGCAGGAGCAGAGGGAAUGGGGGCGAUGAGUCAUUCAACGCUGCUCCAUGUUUCUUGGUGCUCCUUGCUGAGUACAGUGAAGGAGUUGGACAUCCACCUGAUGGCAUGAGAUGGGGCAGGAGCAGAGGGAAUGGGGGCGAUGAGUCAUUUAACGCUGCUCCAUGUUUCUCGGGAUGGGGAUGGGGAUGGGAAUGGGGAUGGGGAUGGGGAUGGGGAUGGGAUGGGGAUGGGGAUGGGGAUGGGGAUGGGGAUGGGGAUGGGGAUAUGGAAAGGGAUGGGGAUGGGGAUGGGGAUGGGGAUGCGGAUGGGCAUGGGGAUGGGGAUGGGGAUGGGGAUGGGGAUGUGGAAAGGGAUGGGGAUGGGGAUGGGGAUGGGGAUGUGGAAAGGGAUGGGGAUGGGGAUGGGGAUGGGGAUGGGGAUGGGGAUGGGGAUGGGGAUGGGGAUGCGGAUGGGCAUGAGAAUGGGGAUGGGGAUGGGGAUGGGGAUGGGGAUGUGGAAAGGGAUGGGGAUGGGGAUGGGGAUGGGGAUGGGGAUGGGGAUGGGGAUGGGGAUGGCGAUGGGGAUGGGGAUGGGGAUGCGGAUGGGCAUGAGAAUGGGGAUGGGGAUGGGGAUGGGGAUGGGGAUGGGGAUGUGGAAAGGGAUGGGGAUGGGGAUGGGGAUGGGGAUGGGGAUGGGGAUGGGGAUGGGGAUGCGGAUGGGCAUGAGAAUGGGGAUGGGGAUGGGGAUGGGGAUGGGGAUGGGGAUGGGGAUGCGGAUGGGCAUGAGAAUGGGGAUGGGGAUGGGGAUGGGGAUGGGGAUGUGGAAAGGGAUGGGGAUGGGGAUGGGGAUGGGGAUGGGGAUGGGGAUGCGGAUGGGCAUGAGAAUGGGGAUGGGGAUGGGGAUGGGGAUGGGGAUGGGGAUGUGGAAAGGGAUGGGGAUGGGGAUGGGGAUGGGGAUAGGGAUGGGGAUGGGGAUGGGGAUGGGGAUAGGGAUGGGGAUGGGAUGGGGAUGGGAUGGGAUGCGGAUGGGCAUGAGGAUGGGGAUGGGGAUGGGGAUGGGGAUGGGGAUGGGGAUGGGGAUGGGGAUGCGGAUGGGCAUGAGAAUGGGGAUGGGGAUGGGGAUGGGGAUGGGGAUGGGGAUGGGGAUGGGGAUGGGGAUGGGGAUGGGGAUGGGGAUGGGGAUGGGGAUGGGGAUGGGGAUGCGGAUGGGCAUGAGAAUGGGGAUGGGGAUGGGGAUGGGGAUGGGGAUGCGGAUGGGCAUGAGAAUGGGGAUGGGGAUGGGGAUGGGGAUGGGGAUGGGGAUGGGGAUGGGGAUGGGGAUGUGGAAAGGGAUGGGGAUGGGGAUGGGGAUGGGGAUGGGGAUGGGGAUGGGGAUGCGGAUGGGCAUGAGAAUGGGGAUGGGGAUGGGGAUGGGGAUGGGGAUGGGGAUGGGGAUGUGGAAAGGGAUGGGGAUGGGGAUGGGGAUGGGGAUGGGGAUGGGGAUGGGGAUGGGGAUGGGGAUGGGGAUGGGGAUGGGGAUGGGGAUGGGGAUGCGGAUGGGCAUGAGAAUGGGGAUGGGGAUGGGGAUGGGGAUGGGGAUGGGGAUGGGGAUGGGGAUGGGGAUGGGGAUGGGGAUGCGGAUGGGCAUGAGGAUGGGGAUGGGGAUGGGGAUGGGGAUGGGGAUGUGGAUGGGGAUGGGGAUGGGGAUGGGGAUGGGGAUGGGGAUGGGGAUGGGGAUGGGGAUGGGGAUGGGGAUGGGGAUGGGGAUGGUGAUGGGGAUGGGGAUGGGGAUGGGGAUGGGGAUGGGGAUGGGGAUGGGGAUGGGGAUGGGGAUGGGGAUGGGGAUGGGGAUGGGGAUGGGGAUGGGGAUAGGGAUGGGGAUGGGGAUGGGGAUGGGAAUGAGGAUCACCUGUUGUCAGGAGUCAGACCCUCCUCUCUCCUCUCCUCCCUUCCUCCUCUCCCCUUCCUUCCCACCUUCCCCUUCCUUUUCUCGUUUCCCCUCCUCCUCCAUCCCCCCAACCUCGCCGCCCGUUCUUCCCAAUGCUACCAUCGGCUCCUCCCCAGGCAGUACUGUAGCACCUCCGUCUCUUCCCAGCAGGUCCUCGGCGCCGGGCGGCUUGGCACGGCGUUUAGUGGUGCAGGUGCGGGUACAGAGGGCGGGGGAGAGGAGAGCGCGGUUGAGCAGGAGAGAGGAGUCGGAGCGGAGAGAGGCGUUGGGCUGGAGACCUGGGGUGUUGGUGUUGCGGCCAAUCUUGGCAUAAGAUGCUCUCUACUGGAAUGGAAGAGGGGGAAUAAGGGGGGUCAGGAGGGGGAUAAGGGGGGUCAGGAAGGGGAUAAGGGGGGUCAGGAGGGGGAUAAGGGGGGUAAGGGAGGCAUUGGCACGGAGGGAGGUGUUGGGCCGGAGGCCAGGGGUGUUCGUGUUGCGGCCGAUCUUGGCAUAAGAUGCUCUCUACUGGAAUGGAAAGAGGGGAUGGGAGGUGGAGGGUGGGAGAAAAGGGGGUGUGUGGGGGAUGAAGGGGUAAUUGAGAGACGACCCACUGAUAUGAACUUGGCGGAUAGUAAUGAGGCUGCUUGUAGCGGGGAUGGGGAAGGAGAAGGGGGAAGGAAGCGGGAUGGGGGAAGGGGGGAGAGUGUGAAGGGGGAGAAGGGGGGAAAGGGGAGGGAAGCGGGAUGGGGGAAGGGGGAAGAGUGGGAACGGGGAGAAGAGGGGAAGGGGGAGAACGAUCAAUAG